AUGCGAGUAUUAGAUUCGACUUUUAAAUUUCUAACUAUUUGUGGUUGCUGGCGACCGGAUUCUUGGACAUCGUCAUGUAAACGUGUAAUCUACCAUACGCACACAUUUUUCGUGCUUGCGUUAAUAAACACAUUUACUUUAUCGCAAUUACUGGAUAUUAUUCUUACUGUGGAUAAUGCGGACGAUUUCACUGAUAAUUUCUACAUGUUACUUGCAAUGAUUGUAUCUUGUUGUAAAAUGCUUAGUAUGUUGAUAAAUCGCAAAAAUAUUGCUUUGUUAACAAACAUUCUCACGGAAAGACCGUGUAGACCAUUGGAACCGGAAGAAAUGGAAAUUCAUAACAAAUUUGAUAAGGGCGUACAAGCAAAUACAAUACAUUAUGCAAUUUUGGUUGAAACAACUUGCGUAUGCAUUACGUUAACAUCGUUACUCACGGACUUUAGAAGACGGACAUUGACAUUCAGAGCCUGGUUACCGUAUGAUUAUUCAUCGCCAAUCUUAUUUUACAUCACAUAUGCUCACCAAUUGAUAAGUUUAAUAAUUGGAUCCGUCCUGCAUGUUGCUUGCGAUGGCCUGAUUUGUGGACUAUUGGUACACAUUUGUUGCCAAAUCAAAAUAUUGGAAUCUCGUUUGAGAAGAAUAGCAUAUGAGCCUGGUAUUCUUUCUGAAUGCAUUCUACAACACAAUCGUAUUUUUGAGUUUGUAUUUAUAUAA